AUGGCCGGAGUCAACUCGUCUUGCUGCACCAGGACCCCGGUGGGGACCACCCAGACCAUACCUGUCCAGAAGAUCGCAGGACUUGAUGUUUAUGCAACUGGAAACACGUCCGCGAAGCGCGGAGUGAUCCUUGUCUACGAUAUCUUUGGCUUCUAUCCCCAGACCCUCCUGGGCGCAGACCGCCUGGCCCAGCACCUGGACGCCCUGACUCUGGUGCCCGACCUUUUCGAAGGCACGCAGGCGGAUCGCGCCUGGCUGCCCCCGGACACGCAGGAGAAGAAGGACGCCUUGGGCAAGUUCUUUGCUGAGGUGGCUGCACCGCCCAAGAACGUCGAGAAGCUGCUGAAGGUGGUCGCCGAAAGCAAGGCCAAAUACCCCAGCGUGGAGAAAUGGGCGGUUCUUGGACUUUGCUGGGGUGGAAAGUUGUCCGCCCUUGUCUCUGCUCAGGGGACGCAUUUUGCAGUUUCCGGUCAAGCUCAUCCGUCACUCCUCGACACCAAUGACGCCCGCAACAUCACGAUCCCUCACAUCAUCCUUGCAUCGCCCGACGAGCCCAAGGAGGUAAUUGCUGAGUACAAGAGCAUUCUCGAAGGCAAGGCGGGCAUCGGCUCCGAGGUCGAGACGUACGAUACCAUGUUCCACGGCUGGAUGGGAGCGCGGGCCAACCUGGACGACGAGCAGAACAAGAAAGAGUUCGAGAGAGGGUACAAGCAAGUCGCGGCCUUCUUCGAGAAAUACCUGUGA